AUAUAGGUCAGUUUCGUGUGCGAUUUCGAAGCGGAUGUGACAAACAGUGGUAGAUAUAGCAAAGUAUCAAAUGUAGAAUGAGGUAGUGAGGUGGACAGAAGCUGACUUUGCUUUGCAACAUGGGGCAAACGUUAUCCAGUUGGACGAAGAACAAGGAAGCAAGAAUUCUCUUUUUGGGUUUAGAUGCGGCGGGGAAGACCACGAUUUUAUACAAGCUUAAACUUGGAGAAAUUGUUACUACAAUUCCGACGAUUGGAUUCAAUGUGGAGACAGUGGAACACAAGGGGGUUGAUAUUACUAUGUGGGAUGUAGGGACCAGAGAUAAAAUGCGCCCUCUAUGGAGACACUACUAUCCUAACACCCAAGCCAUUGUCUACACCGUGGACAGCACAGAUAAAGAAAGGCUGGCAGAGGCGGGAGAACUGCUGCUUGACGUAUUGGGGUCUAACGACUUGAACUAUGACAUACCCGUGCUCAUCGUUGCAAAUAAACAAGAUCUUAAAACCGCCAUGACUCCCUCUGAGAUUUUCGAAGCCAUGAACAUAGUGGGUUCAAAACACAAUGUAUUGGCAUCGCAUCCAUGGUAUAUCCAGCCAGCAUCGGCCACAGAGGGCACAGGACUGGAGGAAGGCCUGGAUUGGUUGGUUAGGCAGAUGCAGGUCAGAGAAGCCUGGAAGAUGGCUGUUACACCAGUAAAACAGACUGUAGGUGGAGCCAAGGAAGCAGGAAAGGCAGGGAUCUCCUAUGGAAGUGAAUACUUAACCAAAGCCCUAAGCAGCAUCAAAGGAAUGUUUACCAGAUGUUAUUUGAGAAUCCUGAUGGGACUCGGGUUAUUUCACUGUUUGCCUAACCACCCCGUCAAGGCUUUUUGGCUUUACACAUUCAGUUUUGCUUUGGACAUGGUAGACGGACCUAUUGCAAAGUACCUUAAUCAAAUGAGUGUUUUUGGCACUCUCUUGGAUACGAUGAGCGACAGAGGAACGCUGCUCUGCAUGUUAGCGAGACUGUGUCUCCUCUACCCCAGACAUGCUUUCCUUUUUAUUGGAAUCGCGUGUACUGAUGUAUCUAGUCAGUGGAUGCACGGCUACAGUUCCUGGUGUGAAAAUGGGGCUGUGGCAGGUAAUCUGUAUUGGCUGUUCUCCAUUCGCUGCCCUCCAGGUGGACAGAAGCUGACUUUGCCUUGCAACAUGGGGCAAACGUUAUCCAGUUGGACGAAGAACAAGGAAGCAAGAAUUCUCUUUUUGGGUUUAGAUGCGGCGGGGAAGACCACGAUUUUAUACAAGCUUAAACUUGGAGAAAUUGUUACUACAAUUCCGACGAUUGGAUUCAAUGUGGAGACAGUGGAACACAAGGGGGUUGAUAUUACUAUGUGGGAUGUUGGGACCAGAGAUAAAAUGCGCCCUCUAUGGAGACACUACUAUCCUAACACCCAAGCCAUUGUCUACACCGUGGACAGCACGGAUAAAGAAAGGUUGGCAGAGGCGGGAGAACUGCUGCUUGAUGUAUUGGGGUCUGACGACUUGAACUAUGACAUACCCGUGCUCAUCGUCGCAAAUAAACAAGAUCUUAAAACCGCCAUGACUCCCUCUGAGAUUUUCGAAGCCAUGAACAUAGUGGGUUCAAAACACAAUGUAUUGGCAUCGCAUCCAUGGUAUAUCCAGCCAGCAUCGGCCACAGAGGGCACAGGACUGGAGGAAGGCCUGGAUUGGUUGGUUAGGCAGAUGCAGGUCAGAGAAGCCUGGAAGAUGGCUGUUACACCAGUAAAACAGACUGUAGGUGGAGCCAAGGAAGCAGGAAAGGCAGGGAUCUCUUAUGGAAGUGAAUACUUAACCAAAGCCCUAAGCAGCAUCAAAGGAAUGUUUACCAGAUGAAUUUUUUUUCAAAUUUUAAAUUGUUUUUGUUUUUCAAUUAAUCUAUGAUGGUGUUUGUGCCUGCACACACUUGUGUGCAAAUACUUGCCUGCAUCUACACACUGGAAGCAGCUCACAUUAAGUGCAUUUUGUAGUAGACUAAGUGGAAAGUUUGGUGGCGAAGUCUUUUAUGGAACAUUGUGGCUAGCUUAAUAUUUGAAUAAGAUAAUACUGACUUGCUCAUGUGUGGUAAAUCCUAAAAAAGGUAAUUACUUACUUUGUCA